AAGUGACCCUAAGUGUUUUAUAUUGUUGUGUUGUAUUACCUAUAUUUUCAAAAUAAGGGAAAUAAUAUGUAUAAACAUCGCACUUUGACACGACGACAUAAAAUUUUAAAUAUGAAAUAGUAAUUACAAGCAUAAAAGCAAUAUUUUCCAGACCUGUCCAAAAUUAUGACUUAAUAAUAAAAAAAAAAUUAACUGUAUAAACAAAUAAUUCGUUAUCUGUGACAUACCUAUCAACAAAACUUAAAUUAUAGCGUGGCUAUUUAUUAAUCUUUGAACAAAAUGACAAUAUAAUAGAUAAUAAGUAUUCAAAUUAUGCAGUAAUGUGCCAGUAUUCUUCAAGUAACAACAAGCAUGUAAGAUGUAAGAUCAAUGACCUAUUGCAUAAUUGCAGAGUUGAUCUCAAGUUCGAAGUCUGUAGCUAUAAUAGGCCUACCAAGGUUACAAUAAACGCACUAUAAAAACCACGUUAUCAACUUAUGUAAUCAUUUAACACAAUGCCACGCAUCACAGUUGGCGACUGACGCACGGAAUAUUGAAACAAAAAAGAAUAUAGAAGUACUUUUUGGAGAAGGUGAUUGCAUUUUUUAAGUAAAAAUGAGGAGGUAAAAUGUACCUACUUCCAUCGACAGUCGUUUUGACUUUAGAAAAUAACGGUAAAUAAAGCAACUCAAAAGAGAAUAAUGAAAAUGAGGAGGCUGUGUAUCUUAUACUUUUGUGUAUUGACAAAAGCAACCACUUUAUUUCCGUCAGAAAUAUCUGAAGACGCAAAUUUAAAUUUCACUGGUCUGGCAAAGAAAUAUGGGCACCCUGCCGAAGAAUAUGAAGUGGUCACUGAAGAUGGAUAUAUCCUUACUUUAUUCCAUAUUCCUGGGAAAAAGUCAACUCCUCUGCUUCUCAUGCACGGGACAGGAGAUCACGCUGACAGUUUCUUAUUAAGAGGAAAAGCAUCUCUUGUAAUCACAUUAGCAGAAGCUAAUUAUGACAUUUGGGUUGGAAAUUUGAGAGGAAACAAAUACGCUCGGAGACAUGUUAACUUAAACCCAGAUGAAGAUCCCGAGUUUUGGGAUUUCAGUUUCCAUGAAACCGGACUUUAUGACCUACCAGCGACUAUCGAUUAUGUUUUAAAUGCAACAGGAAAAGAAAACUUGAAACUAAUAGGUCACUCACAGGGAACCACGAUUAACUUCGUGCUUUUAUCUUCAAAACCGGAAUACAAUGAUAAGAUUAAACUGCUAAUAGCAUUGGCUCCAGUCGCUUUUUUGAACAACCUAACACCACCAGUGUCAACUCUUAUAGAAGCAGGACCACUAAUCGACGAAUUUUCUAGAAAUCUAGGAAUAGAAGAGAUUCCUAGUAAAAAAAUACCAGUGCCAAAGUUCAACAAUUUAAAAUGUAGAGGAGGAUCAAAGGACCACAUACUGUGCAUAUUUUUAGGAGUGUUUUAUUCAAUUUUCUUUGAUCCCAAGACGAUUGAGCCUGAGUUUUUCCAAAUUCUUACAGGGCAUUACCCUGGCAACACUUCACGGAAAACCCUUGUUCACUAUAACCAAAUAGCAUUGCGGAAAAUUUUUUCAUGUUUUGAUUACGGUGUUGAAGAAAACAUUAAGCGUUACGGAGGGGAAUUGCCUACUGAGUAUGAUUUGAAAAAAGUGACAGUUAAAACUGCAUUACUGGUCGGAAGAGCAGAUCGCCUAGCAACAGUACAGAACGCAGAGCUACUACGGAAAUUGCUUCCUAAUGUUGUUUUGUUCCACAUAAUGAAACCCAAAACGUGGAAUCAUAUCGAUUUUAUUUGGAGAAACGACAUGAAUGUGUAUCUGUUUCCUACUAUAUUAACGCUACUAGAAAAGUAUGACUGAACGGGUAUUAGAAACAUCAGUGGAAAUUCACUAAUUGUAAGUAAGUACCUGAUUUUUUUGAGGUCAAAAGCUGAAUUUAGUCUUGCACGCAAUGGACUGUGGAUAAGUGCAAGCUCAUAUUGCGGGGCGGGGCGGGCCGCUUGCAUGUCAAACGAAGCUCAUAUCAGUGUCCUAAGUCGACGCUGCAUAGGGUGGACGCACGUUCCCCCCCCGCGCGCUACACGCCCUACCGAACGCUCUUCUGCGAUACAAAACUCCGCAGAAAUGUAGUCUGGCUCUGUCGUGCCAUUACGCAAGAGCGAUAGAGAUAAUAGAGAUAGCUAUGACAGAGAUAUUGUCGUGAGCGUUUGUGCGUUCGACUACGCACACAGGCCUUAGACUUCGGUUGUCCUAACUCGCCGCAAACGUUUGUAUGAUGUUGCCUGACGAAUGCCAAUGUUGGCAAAGUCCGUGAUACUUUAAAACCAUGUUAUUUAUUUAAUGGUAUGCUAUCAAUCAUCAACAUUCAUGUUCAACUACAAUGCAUUUACAAUUUGUAAUGAUUUGAUAUAUUGUUAAAUUAAAUGAUCAUUUAAA